AUAACAGUAGCACUAAAAGUAGGAAAAACUCUACUUCCCCGUCCAUUCUUCCAUUUCACCUGCGGAUUUACCAGAGCCAGAUUUUGCCAAGCCCCCUGUGAGUUCACACUUCACAAGUUCCUCCGGCAAGUGACGACGGCGCCAUGAAGCUCAGACUCAGAUCAUCCGUCACCAAAGAAACCGUACGGAUCGACGUCCCUCCUUCUUCCACCCUGCUGGAACUCAAACACCGUCUUUCUCAGGCACUUCCCGCAUCAUCAGCCGUUUCCUCGUCGUCUUCUUCAGAUUACAUUCGCCUAUCGCUCAACAAUAAAGACGAGCUUCAAAGUUCUUCACCCGAUGACACUCUCCCGAUGCUAGGUGUUGCCUCGGGUGACCUAAUCUUCUUCACCACAACUCCCAAUCCUCAAGGAUCAUCAAAAUCCCCAACUUCCUCUAUCCCAGGUUCUAUUUCCCCGGUAGAAUCGACCAAGAAUUAUAACACGUCUAACUUGAAUGAGAAAACACAAGAAUCGAGUUCUAAUUUCCCGGUCGAUUCUCCUGAGAAACCAGAUUCCGUCAAGCAGAACGAAAAAGAAUCAAAUUCGAGUUCUGAUUUGCAGGUAGAAUCGUCCACCGAGAACGAGAAAGCCCUAGAGUCCCUUCACCCUGGAAAAGGAGAAGAGGGGGAAUUCAUGGAAGUCUACUGCGAAGAAAAAGACUCGAGUUCAAUUGAAGUUGCGGCUGGGAAAUCGUUUUCAAUUCCUGGAUUCUUGAAAAAAGUCUUCACGGAAGAGUUGAGAAAUGACGACGAUGGUAGUAAAGAUCACAAACUUUUAAUGGUUGCUGUUCAUGCUGUUCUUCUUGAGUCUGGUUUUAUCCGUUUUGACCCAAUUCUGCAUAAAAAGAUGAUUGGACUUCAAUCACCAAACCAAAGAGGUACCGAUCUCUAUUACACACUGCUUGACAUUGUUCAUGACCAGAAAAGUAAUACUAAUACCAUUCCCUAUAUGAAACUCAAGCUUCAAACCUUGGGGAAGCUUGUGAUCAUUUAUGGUUCACUAUCAUCUGGCAGAUCCUCUAUACAUAAUGUGGAGCUGAACGAAGGAGACCUGGUCCCAAUCUUGAAUGUUGCAUGGUCUCAAUGUGGGUUAUCUGAGGAAAUAAUUCCUCCAGGUACGGAUGGCCUUUUAUGGACAUCACCAGAGAAAGAGAUUUUUCAGUUCUGGAGGACUGUUAAAGAUAGACUCGCAUUGCCAUUGUUGAUUGAUAUGUGUGAGGUGGCUGGUUUUAGACUUCCUCCGUGCUUUAUGAGACUCCCCACUGAACUUAAGUUGAGCAUCUUGGAGUUACUGCCUGGCAUUGAUUUGGGAAAGAUGAGUUGUGUCUCUUCAGAGUUAAACUACUUGAUUUCAAAUGAAGAACUUUGGGAAAAGAAGUUUGUGAGUGAAUUUGGCAGUUGGGAUACUUCUGUUAGAAUUCAAGAUUGGAAGCGAAAGUUUAAGCUAGCUUUGGGACUCCAAAAGUCCAGGAGGGUGAGUACUGAACGGCUCAGAAACAGAAGAAGAUUUUCCGGAUAUGCAGGUCCGUUUAUUCCUCCACGGCAGCCGGUAGGUAUUGGAGGUUAUAAUCCGUUGCUACCACCACCAUUUGGGAAUAUCCAUUAUGUUGAUAAUAAUAUUCUCCCUCCGAGUCGUUCGGGUAGCCAUGUGCCUCGUUGUGAUCCUAGAUAGCAUUUGGAACACAUGAUUUUCUGCUUAGUCAUGGUCACGAGACAAAAGAAUCUUUUCUUGUUCAAGUUGGAGUUGAUUUGUUGUUACGAGAAUAUAUGAUGGCACAUCAAUAUUUGCUCUCUUAGUAUUAUCUUACGGGCUCAUAUGUUGCUAUUGUUUUGAUGCAUUGUACUAUGGAAGUUUUGUAUAAAACUCUUUGUUUUCAUAUCAAGAUUUGGUUUUUGGACAGAAUGCAGUAUAGCAGACACAAUGUAAGUAGCUACAGAUUUGUGCAUUGAUGCCUUCUUCUUGGAUAACGCAUAAUGAGCUUUACUUGCUGAACAACAUCUAUAUCUAUAUAUUAUUAAGUCAAUUAAGUCAUUCUCCCGCCUAACCUUUUAGGAUAUUUUAGUAAAUUUACUUAUCCCUUCAUCAACCCAUCCACUCGGUUACUGGCUUUCGUUUCUUCCUUAUCUUUCCUAUUUCAGAAGUUCCUGUCGCUCUCAAAUCCUCCUCAAAUCCUCCUCCUAUAUGGCUCUCACAGGGUGCUUCCUUCUGCACGCGUGCCACACAAUUACACAAUUGAAUUGCUUACUUCAUUGGGUAUGGCUGGGCUCCCAGGAAUCGCAGUCAAGGAAGAGAUAUCCGGCACAGUUGCACCAUACUUGGAUUUUCCAGAGGGCAUGGUGGAAUAGCAGGUAGCCUUGGUGGAUUUGACUGUUCUGGCAGCUGGUGGUACUGCCGUUCCUUUUGACUUUUGCAUCAAUAGACUGCCGGUGCUGAAAGGCUCCAUUUAUUUUUGGCAAGAGGAGCUACAUCUAUUCAGAGCACUAUCAUCAAUUUCGAAGAAAACCAAGCCGUAUGUUUUGUUAUUUUCUUUUGCUUUAUCCCUAAUUAUUCAGUUGUUAGUUUAAAACACCUCUAUAUUGUAUAUGUAAGAUAUUUAAUACACAAUGGGAUGAUCUCUACUACAACUAGAUAAUUAUACUUUUGUGGUAAAUCACAUUCUUUGUCACCAUAGAAGGUAUUCUUUUUAUGAAGGUUUUAUUUCCAGGUUUUGUAUAACACAAUGGGACACCCUUAUCUCAUAUUUGUACCUUGCUUAAGCCUUUGAAUCUUAUGGUGUGAAAGAUUUCCUGUUUCAAACUGUCACACAUUAAAUAUCAAAGAAGGCUUUGUUUUAAAGCCUUAGAAGAAAUAUCUAAAGAAUUACAUUUUUACCCUUUUUAUUUCACAUUUUUAUUCAUGUAUGGAUGUUUCAUGUGUUAAUUUGGAUGUCAGAAGAAGUUUCAUGAUGGAGAUGCAUAACAUCUGUGAUUUUUGUUACUUAGUUUGAAUCUUUUUCAUUAAAUUGCUCUGAAGGUAUUCUUUGUCACCUUAAAUGAAAAAGUUUAAGAUUUGCUAUCUAAUGAAUUAGCUAUCUUUUAUUAAACUGCUGCUUAAUCUUAGUUUAUGGUUCAACUCUACUAAGUAAAAGUAAGAAAUAAUGGCUUAUAUAUUACUAAUAUAAAGUUGAUAGACAAAAAUGUGAACUCUAGAAGUUACUAUGGUUAUGUUCAGUUUUAGACCGUAGUGACCAUGACAUUAUACUCAUACCAAGUUACCAACUUUAUUUGCAUUUCUAACUAUAACUUUUGUUUAAGUAAUAUUUUAGGGGGAAACCUCUAUAAAUAAAUGAAUUAUGUCUCUUGAAGUUAAGCUCGCAAUAUUCUGGCUCUUCAAGAUUUUCUGAGCCAUUUUUUAGUUUAGUUUAAUUCAUUAGAUAGCAAAUCUUAAACUUCUUCAUCUAUGGUGACAAAGAAUACCUUCAGAGCAAUUUAAUGAAGAAAAUUCAAACUAACGAAAUAACACAAAUCACAUAUGUUAUGCAUCUCCAUCAUUAAACUUCUUCUGAUCCAAAUGUGAAUAACUUCAGGAUUGAAGCUAUCAAAAUGGUGUAUUUAUAAGAAUUGUACACCUGAAGGAUUAUUGAUCACAUUCAAUGUGAUCAAUAAUGUUUUGUAUGUUCUUUAUUUAAGAAUUUGCACUCAAAUCCUUUUAUGUUACUAGCUAAAGUGGUAGAUGUGAGAAAGAGUUGAAGUUGCUGAAAAAUGAUUAAAAUAGAUUUAAUGUUUUCAAAUCUUCAGUUUUUUCUUUAAUAGGUUCGGAUUCCGUUUUUUUCUCUUCAGAUGGGAUUCUCUUUUCAUUUUCUUUUUUUCUAUUAUAAGGUACAUGGAGUGCGGACGGGCGGUUAUCCCUUAUGAUAAGGUACAUGGUGUAAUAAAGAGCAAUAAGAUCCUUUCCGAGUUUUUAUAUUGCUUGACUAAAAUACUUUUGAGUUUGUUGCUACUUCAUGUAGCUUAUCUCAGUCUCUAACCUGUUUGUUUUUUUAAUUCUAUGUAAAAACAAUGAAAGACGACCUAUGCAUUUUAUCAAAUGUGAUCUAUAUGUAACAGGUUUGUUUCUUUUGCAAUCCAGUUUUACAGAGAACAUGCAAUGUGAAGUACAAAGGAUAAAAAUGUAAUUCUUUAGAUAUUUCUUCUAAGGCUUUCAAAUAAAGCCUUCGUUGAUAACAUUGAUAACAUUACUUGUGCAUACGCACGGGUAAGAUGAGUUUGCAUACGCACGGGUAGUUCUGUUACUUCAAAAAAAUCCAUUGAUGAGUUACGUCUCAUGGCCACUACUCAUAAAAGUUCUUGGAGAAAGUAAACAGAUACAGCUUAUCAUUUGCUGAACUAACAUUUUUGGACGUGGAAAUGCUACUGCUAUACACAUUCUAGCAUAGAUCAUGUUGUCACUUACAAAGGGGUUUAUUUUCUUUAUCUUUAAUGGAUUAUACACAAACACAGGAAUGGGUUGUUUGACUCAGUUGCAAGAGGUUAUUUACAUGUGUUUGACCUUUCUUUAGUU